AUGUUCCUGUUGUCUUCGUUUCCUCUCCUUCUCCUGAGUGUGGUAACAGCAUCUUGUUCAGAAAAAGGAAUCUGUGAAGAAGCCUCAAAGACCUGCCAUGUGGUGACCUGUGCUUCUCCAGGCAUGAAUGGUCUCCCAGGCCCCAAGGGAGAAAAGGGAGAAACAGGCCAAGGGCUCAGAGGUUUGCAAGGUCCUCCAGGAAAAUUGGGACCUGCUGGAAACCCAGGGCCUCCUGGGCUGCCAGGAAUAAAAGGUACAAAAGGAGAUCCUGGUCACAGUUCAGAUUACGAUAGUUCCCUGGCUGCUUCAGAAAGAGAAGCUCUGCGAUCAGAACUGCGCCGAGUGAACACGUAUUUGACUUUCUCUCUGGGCAAAAAGGUCGGGAAAAAGCUCUUCUUGUCCAGUGGUGAAAUUAUGACCUUUGAAAGAGGGAAGGUUCUAUGUGCCCAGAAUGGAGCCUCAAUGGCCACCCCCCAAAAUGAUGCAGAGAACACAGCCAUCCAGAAUGUGGCCAAGGAUGAGUGCUUUCUUGGUAUCACUGAUGAGGUAACUGAAGGCAAGUUUGUGGAUCUGACUGGAAGGCCGCAGACUUACACAAGAUGGAAUGAUGGUGAACCCAAUGAUACCGGCUCUAAUGAGGACUGUACAAUACUCCUAAAAAGUGGCAAAUGGAAUGAUGUCACCUGCUCUUCCUCCUUCUUGGUAGUCUGUGAGUUCCCUAUUUAA